ACGCAUUGAUGUUCCCUCUCCCUAAAUUUCUUCAAUUCACAUUUUUUUGCUGUUUUGCGCGGCUACCGCAGACUAGUGGAAGGUAUUUAUUUGCUUCUUCAGUAACGGGCUAUUUGAACACAAUUUGUUCAUAAAAUCCACAUCGGUUCAACCGCUAUUCAGCUACAGCUUUUUCCGUAAAGCUGCGCUCAACAAUCCAUGGUUCCCAGUGCCGAUUCAAAAAUAUCAAUAAUUUGUCAUGUUUUCUUCUGUGUUGUCAUAGCAACCGGAUUUGUUUAGUUAAUUGAUGAUACAACCGGAAAGUCCAUAAGUUAAUAAUUCACUGCCAGAACUAAGAAGACUAUUCGCAAUCAAGUCCAAAAUGUCAGCUAUGGUGGAAUUGGAAUGUUGGCUGGUAUAUCAAUACGUAGCUACAGAAUGUUCUCAUUGCCUUUAGGCUUUUUUAUAAUUUCACUCCUUAACACACGCCAAGUUUCGAGAAUUUCAAGGAAUCGUUUCAAUGAGGAAACCAGUCAUGACGGAGAGCACGUUCAAAGCGCGAGAUAUUGGGCUGAGAGCCCAAAAGAAGAUCUUGAGCAGAAUGGCCGGAAAGAAUAUAGCAAAAGUAUUCAUAGACGAUGUCACUGCCUCUCUUUUGGAUAACCUUUAUCGGUUAGCCAAACAAUACUCAAACAAUAAAAAAGAAGCCGAAAAGCUGAUAAAGAACAUCAUAAAAGUGGUAAUCAAAUUGGGCGUUUUGCACAGGAACAAUUUGUUAACUGAUGAAGACCUUAGGUUUGCCGAAAAAUUCAAGAACAAAUUCAGAAUGGCCGCAAUGACCAUCAUAUCCUUUUACGAAGUGGACUUCAGUUACGAUCGAAACUACUUGGUGCAAGUAUUGGGCGAUUCCCAAAAAAUUUUGCAAUCAAUUAUUUGCAGGCACUUGACCGACAAGUCGGUGAACAGGGUGGAAAGCGUGUUUUCCUUCUUUGGAAAUGAAAGGUUCUUGGAUGCCAUCUUCAAAAGGGACAGCGAGUACCGAGAGGCCCUAGGAAGAGUGGUAAAUGAUCUGAAUAAGGGUAUUGAAAACGGCGACCUUUGAACGAUCGGUUUGCAGUAUUUUUUCAAGUAGUUUAUGAAAGAGAAAUGUGGAGUUUUAUCAGUAAACCGAAUUAACUAGGAAAACGUAACUAUUUUGGUUCCGGACUUAUUUAGGUCACGCAUUAUUUAUUGAGGAAAGUAUUUUGGGUUGGAAAUUGAGGACAGGAAUUGUGCCUUACAUUAUUUUAUAAAAAGUAGUUUCAAUAAGAAAUUCAUUGAUAAAGUCCAGACUUCUCUUCUCAUUUGCUAUGUACUAAUUUAUGUGAUUUACUAUUUUAUUUACUUAACAUAAGUGGAGUAGUGAUUAUACUUGUUAGCAUGUUAUAAAAUGUGGUAUUUAGUUUUACUAUUAAGCCAUUUACUAGUCCAGCCUAAGAAUUAUACUUGACAUAUUAAGAUUAAUUUUGAUGACUCCAGAGUCAUACAUUUUCCUAUUAAGAUAUUAAAGCUUGCCUAAUUUGACUACCUGCCUUGCCUAUUGAUCUUGUCUUUUUUAAUGUUUACCAUUCAAUAAUUAUUUAUAUAUGUAUACAUUUAAGCACUUGUAAUAUUAUUAUUGAACAACUCAGGAAUGGAUAUUAAGAGUUAGUAUUGACUAUUAAAAUUGACCUUUAGUGUUGUACUCAUAGGAAAAGGUAUCUCAUCUGCAUAUUUAAAUGUGCAUAAUAAAUACAUAUAUUAAUUGGGAACAAAAAUUUACCUUCAACAAAGUAAAGUAUGUGUAGCAAUAAAACUGUGAACCGUUGCUGUACAUGUAUUUAUGUGACAUAGAAGUGGGAGCUAAGAUUAUUCAUUAGGUAUUUGUAAAGCGCCUUCAGACUGCAAAUUAAUACCAUAGCUGUACAAUGUCUUAUUAUCAAAGAAACGCUUUCUAAUAUCUUAGCUCUCACAUUAGUCUGCUUAUUUGUUUGACAAUUAAUUAAUAAAAUUGAUAAUUAAAGGGAAGUUAUACACAUCAGUUUUCUUGAACAUGAUAAAAACUAUCAUAUUUUUACAUAAAAUAGAUCUAAACAUUGUAUUUUAUACUGUAACCUUACUAUACAUAUACAUUCACAAUUGCGAUAAAUUUAAUUGAGGCAAAAACUAUCACUUUUUAUAUAUGAAAAAAAGGGUACUCAAUAAUGUUUAGGUAUGGCUUAGUUUAAAUAAUCAAAUCUGGCAUAUAAUAUAAAUACACUUAGAUAUUAUCAAUAUGUACAUUAACAUCUGGCUUUUUUAAGCCUGGGAAUAUUUAACAUUCCAGACUAUUUGCACAGGAAAUAUUUAAACUGGUUAGACUUUUGCAAAUCAAGCUUUAAAGUAUUUUCCAAAAUAUUAAGUCAUUCAGGCAAAAUAUGAUGCCCUUAAAUAAAAUAACUAUUUAUUAUUUAUCAUUAUCAAGUCUAUUGUCAUUAUCAAGUCUAUCAUCACCGCGUAUGUCUAGUUUUACAACUGUAGCCUUAUGUUAAGCAAUGUAGACCCAAAAGCCAUAUGAACAGUGAAUCUUUUGAUAUCUUGCCUAGCAAAAUUUAAUUGUUUAGAGCUGAGAAAUGUUGAACUAUUUGUUUGUACAGUAAUAAAUGUUUUUAAAAUUG